GGGCCGUGGAGGCCGCUGGGAGAGUGGGUCUCCUUUGGCUUCCCCAAUUGUGUAGGGGCUGCCAUCGACCUGGUGCCGCCGCAGAACCUAGGUCGCCGAGUGAUGAUGUCGUGAAGUCGCCCGCCUGUCCCUGCCACGCCCGGGCGGUUGCUGGCAGUGGGAGCAGCGGCAGCAACUUCGGCUGCUGCUCUCAAGCUGCCGCUGCAUUAGGGGCUUCCUGAGGAAGCGCGGGCGGAAGACAGAGGAUGCCGAGCCACUCAAGUCAUGACUCUCCAAAGUAUGAUAAUCACAUGAGAGUGCUCAUUGCUACGGAUGCCUUUUGACUCAUCAGAGAAAAUCUGUCUAAAAGAAAAUAUCCAUGUGACCAAAUCCAUUUCAUUAUUGAAUGGCUUGAUGGAUUUCCUUUACUCUGAUUCAUACCAAAGCUGUCCUUCUCAACCAAAGCAAGAAAGGAUCCUGCAUGAGUCAAUCCCAGAAUGCAAUUUUUACAUCACCAACAGGUGAAGAAAACCUCAUGAAUAGCAGUCACAGAGACUCGGAGAGCAUCACUGAUGUCUGCUCCAAUGAGGAUCUCCCUGAAGUUGAGCUGGUGAGUCUGCUAGAAGAACAACUACCACAGUAUAGGCUAAAAGUAGACACUCUCUUUCUAUAUGAAAAUCAAGACUGGACUCAGUCUCCACACCAGCGGCAACAUGCAUCUGAUGCCCUCUCUCCAGUCCUUGCUGAAGAGACUUUCCGCUAUAUGAUUCUAGGCACAGACAGGGUGGAGCAGAUGACCAAAACUUACAAUGACAUCGACAUGGUUACACAUCUCCUGGCAGAGAGGGAUCGUGAUCUGGAACUCGCUGCUCGAAUUGGACAAGCUCUCUUAAAGCGGAACCAUGUCUUAUCUGAGCAGAAUGAAUCCCUGGAGGAGCAAUUGGGACAAGCCUUUGAUCAAGUUAAUCAACUGCAGCAUGAGCUAUCCAAGAAAGAUGAGUUACUUCGAAUUGUCUCCAUUGCUUCUGAAGAAAGUGAAACUGAUUCCAGCUGUUCUACACCUCUUCGGUUCAAUGAGUCCUUUAGCUUAUCUCAAGGGUUGCUGCAGUUGGAAAUGCUGCAAGAAAAGCUCAAGGAACUGGAAGAAGAGAAUAUGGCUCUUCGAUCCAAGGCUUGUCACAUAAAGACAGAAACUGUUACCUAUGAAGAAAAGGAACAACAACUUGUCAGCGACUGUGUUAAAGAACUUCGUGAAACAAAUGCUCAGAUGUCCAGAAUGACUGAAGAAUUGUCAGGGAAGAGUGAUGAGCUGAUUCGAUACCAAGAAGAGAUUUCCUCUCUUUUGUCACAGAUUGUAGACCUUCAGCAUAAACUUAAAGAACAUGUGAUUGAGAAGGAAGAACUAAAACUUCACCUGCAAGCUUCCAAAGAUGCCCAACGACAACUGACAAUGGAGCUGCACGAGUUACAAGACAGGAAUAUGGAGUGUCUAGGAAUGUUACAUGAAUCCCAAGAAGAAAUAAAGGAACUUCGUAGUAGAUCUGGCCCUGCUGCUCAUCUCUACUUCUCCCAAACAUAUGGAGCUUUUACUGGGGAAUCUUUGGCAGCUGAAAUUGAGGGGACUAUGCGUAAAAAGCUGAGUUUGGAUGAGGAAUCUUCUCUCUUUAAACAAAAAGCCCAACAGAAGCGGGUGUUUGAUACCGUCAGGAUUGCCAAUGACACACGGGGCCGCUCUAUCUCGUUCCCAGCUCUGUUACCCAUUCCAGGCUCCAACCGUUCAAGUGUCAUCAUGACAGCAAAACCUUUUGAGUCUGGUCUUCAGCAAACAGAGGACAAAUCACUCCUGAACCAGGGGAGCAGCUCAGAGGAAGUUGCAGGGAGCUCCCAGAAGAUGGGCCAACCAGGACCCUCUGGAGACAGUGAUUUGGCUACAGCACUGCAUCGCCUUAACUUGCGUCGACAGAACUAUUUAAGUGAGAAGCAGUUCUUCGCUGAAGAAUGGCAGCGGAAGAUCCAGGUUCUGGCUGACCAGAAGGAAGGGGUUAGUGGCUGUGUCACCCCGACAGACAGCCUUGUCUCUCUCUGCACCAACCAGUCAGAGAUCACAGACCUCAGCAGUGCCAGUUGCCUUCGAGGUUUUAUGCCAGAAAAAUUACAAAUUGUCAAGCCCCUUGAAGGAUCACAAACUCUGUAUCACUGGCAGCAGCUUGCUCAGCCAAACUUGGGAACCAUCCUUGAUCCACGACCAGGUGUCAUUACUAAAGGCUUUACCCAGUUGCCCAGGGAUACCAUUUAUCACAUCUCAGAUUUAGAAGAGGAUGAAGAGGAGGGUAUUACUUUUCAGGUUCAGCAACCUCUUCAAGUGGAAGAGAAACUGUCAACAUCCAAGCCAGUAACGGGGAUCUUCCUACCACCCAUUACUUCAGCAGGUGGACCAGUUACAGUUGCAACCGCCAAUCCAGGAAAGUGCCUGUCAUGCACAAACUCAACAUUCACUUUCACCACCUGUAGAAUAUUACAUCCCUCUGACAUCACUCAGGUUACCCCCAGCUCUGGGUUCUCUUCAUUAUCCUGUGGAAGUAGUGGUAGCAGUUCAUCCAACACGGCUGUGAAUUCUCCUGCCUUGUCCUAUAGACUCAGCAUUGGUGAGUCCAUCACCAACCGACGAGAUUCCACUACAACCUUCAGUAGCACCAUGAGCUUGGCCAAACUUCUACAAGAACGAGGCAUCUCUGCCAAAGUGUACCACAGCCCAAUUUCAGAGAACCCCCUCCAGCCUCUCCCUAAAUCCCUGGCUAUCCCUUCCACACCACCAAAUUCACCAUCUCACUCACCUUGCACUUCUCCUUUGCCCUUUGAGCCUCGAGUGCAUCUCUCUGAAAAUUUUUUGGCCUCUCGACCAGCUGAGACAUUCCUCCAGGAGAUGUAUGGCUUGAGACCCUCCCGGAACCCUCCUGAUGUUGGCCAGUUGAAGAUGAACUUAGUGGACAGGCUGAAGAGACUGGGGAUAGCCAGAGUGGUCAAGAACCCUGGUGCCCAAGAGAAUGGAAGAUGCCAGGAGGCAGAAAUUGGUCUUCAAAAACCAGAUUCUGCUGUUUAUUUAAAUUCAGGUAGCAGUUUAUUAGGUGGACUAAGGAGGAAUCAGAGUCUUCCAGUCAUAAUGGGUAGCUUUGCUGCCCCAGUUUGCACAUCCUCACCCAAAAUGGGUGUCCUGAAGGAGGACUGAGGUUCAGCAGUUAACUGACCUCUUAUACAAAUUAGCAUAUGAGGGAUAGAUAUGCACUGAAACAUGUAGUCUGGUCUGACUUGAGAGAAAAGGAAUGUUGCACAAGGGUUGUGAAUGUGAAAGGGGGAAUGGAGGAAUGGAAAUAAAAUUGGGAUGAGCCCUAAUGGAGGAAGUCGGGCAAAUUGAAAGUAUAAAUGAAUGGGCCAUGAGUGUUCAGAGGCAGGAAAGAAAGGUUUAAUAUACUCCUUCAUUUGAGUUUUCUUGUCUUGAAAAUAAAAAGUGAGUAAAAAUAAAUUCAGUAAUACUAAAACAUACAGAGAUACUGAACUUCCUGGCACAUUUACUUCUGGUAAGCAUAAAGCAGAGAGAACCCAGGUUAGAAGGAUGGGAAGAGAAAAGGAGCAGCUUUAUUGCUUACAGAAAGCCAUUCUGAAGGGUUGGUGGGGUAAGCUCAGUCUAUUACUGAGACAAUAGUGAGAUGGCUUAUAUGUUUCCCCUGUUAAUAUCUGGUUAAAUUAUGCAUCCAUCAAAUGAUAUGCUCACAGCAUUAGCAAAAUUAGGAGUUUCAUCUUUUUCAUUGAAUCAUAGGUGGAGACUCCUAUUUUCCUUUCUGUUUUCAGGCCUUUGAGCCCCUGGGAACCCAAAUACCACUCAAUUAUUUUGUAUUUAUGAUUAAUAAAAGUUCAUUUUUUAAAUUUGUAUUUUUAUACAACCUCCAAAAAAAAAAUGAGUAGAGCAUGGGAGGGAUUUACUUUUAAGAAGCAAAAUGUGGUAAAUUGGAACCAAGAAAACUUGUUUUUAGAAUAUUUCUUCUGAAUAAGUGUAGUAACCAAGGAAUACAAACAUAAUUGCAUGUUUUUAAAAAUUCCUUGGAGGCUGGAAGUGGUUAAGCCAGAAGUGCAAUCAAUAGGAAUUAGGGAAUGUUUUAUAUUUAUAUAUGUAAAAUUUUUUGUGAGAAAAGUUGGCUGCAACUAAACCAACUUUUUCCAAAGUGCGCUAUGCAUAUUUUUAAUGAAAGAUGACAUGUAUUUGCACAAAAAUUCUCAGGCACAUUAAAUUAUUAUAAACUGAAGUAAAACCCAGGUACUUGCUUUGAGAUUGUGUUUUUUUUUUUUUUUUUCUAAUGUCAAAUAAAAUAAAACACAUCUGCCUUCUUGAUAUUUAUAGAAUUAGAGAAUAAACUUUUUAAUGGGGGAGUCAAAGCUUUUUCUUUUUCUCUAAGGUUCUUUUUUUUUUUUUUUUUUUAAUUCAAACUGUAUGAAAUGGCAAAGUGAGGCUCUGGGGUUAGGUUUCAGCAUUCAGCAGUUGACACAGGCUAAGAAAUGGAAAGAGGUAGAUCUGUUUUUUCUCAAUGUUGCUGAGCAAAGUCUGCUCAUCAGAUGACGUGGCUUUGUCUAGACAGCACGCAGCUCAGAAAGAAAUGUCUUUAUACAAAAGACAUGAUAGAGAAAAGAUGAGAGAGGGGACUAAUUAUUUUGUUUAUGAAAAUGGCAAGUAAAUUACUUGAUCUUUUUGGUGCUUCAUUUGCAAAUGUUUUGUUUGUUUGUCCUGACUUAAAGGCAAUUUUCUGAAGAACUCUUGACUCUUGCUCCUAUGGUUCCCAUAGGCACACCUAUUCCCAGGCCAAGGAGAGUCCUUCCUCUUCCCUUUUGAGGCAUCCCUGCCACCCGCCCCCCCCCCCCCCGCCCCCCCACUUAGAGCUAUGUGCUCAAAAAAGCCAACAUGAAUGCAGUGGUAAAAAUGUGUUUGUUUCUUAUACUUUUUAGAAUCUCUUAAUAAAAUUUUUCUAAAUAAAUUCUGCAAAAACAAAGGAUGAAGAUGGUCUCUCCCUUUCGUUCCCCUUCACUCAGUUGUGCUGAGGUCAAUAGAGCGUACACAUUCAGAAAGGAUUCCAGCGGGUUUAUAUGUGAAUAUAAGUGUCCCUGAAUGGGGCAGGCAUUAAAUAGAAGAAUCCCUGCUGUUUAAAUUUCCCACGUAUUCCAAUUCACUUUUUUAAAAUACCAUUUGAAUUUGUGUUUCAUAAAGUGACUCUGGGGUGCUUACUUUAGCCAAUUCUUAAAAUUUUUUAUUUGUUCCCUAAGAAAGUAAUUAGUGUUUCUGUUGCCUGAACAGUUACAGUUUCCAAGAAACAUCAGGAAGUAGGAAACUGUAGGGCCAGAGAGUAAGUAGUACAAAGUUAAAUUGUCCGAUUUAUGUGUAUUACAUAAAGCUAUAAAUUGAACUAGAUUUUGCCGUGCUCUGUAUUGAGUAUAAUUUGUAUACUUUUUUAUAAUUAAUGACUAAAUGAUCAUUUUGAAGGCAGGGUGGUGGGGGUGUGUUAGCAGCCAAAUAAGGACAUCUGAUUAAAAAGAACCAGACUUAGAUUUUUUUAAAGUACACUGAUGUUGAUGUUCCACCGGAAACACCUUAAUUGUAUACUGAUGUGUAAUGUCUCUAGAAAUGAAUCCUAUCUUAAAACUGGGUUUUGCUGUUUUUUGAAGUUUCCACUUAAAAUCAUUUUUGGUAUAUCCUGAUAAUCUCUAUAAUACUAGCAUUUUCUGCAAAAUAUAGUAAGAAGAAUUGGAGCCUAAUAGCUGGUUCCUCCCAACUUAUCUGUUAUGUUUUGGUAUUAUUCACAUUUUAGCUUUUUCUGUGAUAAAAAUUGUAUGUAUACUUUCAUGCCAGUAUAGGAAACCUCAAUCUUCUUUAUUUUUUUCUUUUUUUUUUUCUUUUUUUUUUUUUUUUUUUGCUUUAAGAAGGUUUUCAGUGAUUAUACCUCAGGUAUUUCUGAGUGUCCUAUUAUCUAGUAGGAAAAGUAUCUUUCUGAGCUCAGAAUUAAAAGUUCUCCUAAAUUAUGAAGAUCCCAAAUCUUAUGUAAAUAACCUUAGGCAUGGGUCCUUAGGGAGAAGUUAAUGACCAUUGUUAAAGUACUUUUUUAGAAAAUUUUGUGCUGUAUAUUCUUGAUUUGACAUAAAUGGAUAGACUUUGGCAAGGGAGGAAAUAAGUUACAAGGCAGCUUACAAGAGCCUAUUCUCGAUAAAAGGUAUAAUUUUACACAGUACUCAAAGCUUGUUAUCUUUUCUGACCAUUUUAGUACAGAAUUAGUACUUGGUGGUUACUAACAUCGACUUGCGACAUCUCGAACUGGGGCUGUUAGUGUUGAGUGGGCCACUUCUCUGAUGUCAGAUGCAUGCAGACCUGUACUCCACAUGCAGCCCAACAGCAGCGCAGUGUGAUAACCGAGUGGUCGCAUGGCAGAGCACAUCCCCCACAGAGUGGGCACAAGUGCCCUCUAGGGCAGCCAGGGGAAUACUAUUGUUCGAUACCUGGGAUUUGACUUUGUCAGACAGCUCUUUGUGCACCUAUCUUUGUUUUGUCAAAUGUAAAUCAGUUAAUAAACAUGAGUAGCUUAAAUUUUCA